AUGGCAGUAGCAGCAGCCCAAAAGAGCCGAGAGAUGUUCGCCAUCAACAAGUCAUAUAGCAUCGAGAACGGAUAUCCAGCGAGGAGACGUUCUCUCGUAGACGACGCCAGAUUCGAGACGAUCGUCGUGAAGCAGACCAAACAUUCCGUUUUGGAGGAAGCCCGGCAAUUAGCGAACGACGCUUCUUUAGCGACCGACGCAGCCGUAGCGCAUUUCGCCAGUCAACUUCAACGCCAACAUCUUGAUCAAAUUAACGAUCAAUACGACGGUCAAGUUUUUGAAUCCGAAGACAAAUCUAUUGAACACGAUCAUGAAAACGACGUAGAAUCAUCCGAAUCAUCAGAACCAUCAUCAGACAAUGACUCAGAUGCCGGACUUACUGAAGAAGAGGUGCUAUUGGAGAAGGCAGCAAGCCAAGACAAAGACGCGGAGAUGGCUGUACAAAGGGCUACUCUGGUAUUGCGUCUGCGCGAAGGUAUCAAUUCACUCGCCCGGGUAUUGAAAGUAAUCGAAAAUGGAAAAGGCAAUGUCGUCCAUUUGGAAUCAAGGCCGUCUAAGGAACAAGGCGUUCAAUUUGACAUUUUGGCCAAAGUGGACAUGACAAGAAAAGAUCUAUUAGCAUUAAUGAAGACACUCAGACAAAGCUCUACAUUGGCAAGCAUUACGAUUCUAGCCGAAGACAACAUCAACGUCAAGAACCCGUGGUUCCCGAGACAUGCCCGUGACUUGGACAACUGCAACCACUUGAUGACCAAAUACGAACCGGAAUUGGACAUGAACCACCCCGGAUUCUCCGACAAAGUUUACCGCAACCGCAGGAAGGAAAUCGCCAACAUUGCUUUCGAAUAUAAAUUCGGCGACUUGAUCCCAGUUAUCGAAUACACUGCUGACGAAGUCGGUACAUGGACCGCAGUUUUCAACAACGUGUUGGACCUGAUGCCCAAGCACUUCUGUAUGGAAUACAGGGACGCUUUCAAGAUGCUGCAGGACGACAACAUAUUCACUGCUGACAAGAUCCCGCAACUUAAGGAUAUGAACGAAUUCUUGAAAAAGCACACAGGAUUCACUCUCCGGCCGGCGGCUGGUUUGUUGACGGCCCGAGACUUCCUCGCCAGCCUCGCGUUCCGUGUGUUCCAGAGCACGCAGUACAUUCGUCACAGCACAUCACCAUUCCACACACCCGAACCGGAUUACAUCCACGAAGUCCUCGGACACAUGCCUUUAUUGGCCGAUCCGAGUUUCGCUCAGUUCUCACAAGAACUUGGUUUAGCGUCUCUUGGAGCUUCUGACGAAGAAAUCGAAAAACUGUCAACUGUGUACUGGUUCACGAUCGAGUUCGGUCUCUGCAAGGAACAAGGAGAGGUGAAGGCCUACGGCGCAGGACUGCUGUCCGCUUACGGUGAACUUUUGCACGCUGUUUCUGGCAAACCCGAACUCCGACCAUUCGAACCAUCAAUCACAGCCGUCCAACCAUACCAAGAUCAAGAAUACCAGCCAAUUUAUUUCGUCGCUGAAAGCUUCGAAGACGCCAAGGACAAAUUCAGGAAAUGGGUUUCAUCCAUGUCACGACCAUUCGAAGUCCGUUAUAACCCACACACCCAGAGAGCAGAAAUCCUAGACUCAGUUGAACAGCUCAACAAUCUCAUGACACAAUUGAACUUGGAAAUGUUGCAUCUAAACACCGCACUGAACAAGUUGAAAAUGAGAUCCGGUUAA